GCUCUUGCAACUAGCAAGCAAAAAACCUUAUCUUAUAGUGCGCCUGGCAACUACUUAUUUCUCUCCCAGACUCGGCUGUAUGCAAACUCUGUUAAAGACUCAAAAUGGCUUCCAAUCUUCUCAGGGUUCAUACAAAAACCAUUAAAACUGCAAAGCAACCAAACCCAUUUCCACUCACUAAAACUCUCUCUUUCACUUCUCUUCCAUUUCCCACACACCAACACCACCAACAUAUCUCCUUGCCUCCAAUUUUCCUCCACAAAUCCAAAAUUACUACUUUGUCCCCACUCUGCUCCUUAUCUUCUCCCACCCCUCCAAGCUCAAAAGAAGCAGCCAUUCAACAAGCCAAAACCUGUCUCUCAACCACAUUGGAAAAGCCCCUCAACAACCUCAGACUCACCAACAAGCUCAAGAAGCUCAAGCAGCCCAGAUUUCGUAUCGAAAUCCCGGUCAUCGAUGACUCUCCUGAAUCCCUAUCCCAGCUCGCUUUCCAGGUAUUUCGAGACCUACCCAUUAAAAGAAAAGGGUCCAAAGUUAACAUCUUGAUCAUAUGGCCUAACCUUGCCUACACAGAAGCUGCAUUAAAAGCCUUCGAGUCUAACCCUUCAAGCCCAGUUGAAAAUUUAGACAUAUAUUCGAUCACCAACGGUAAUACCAGAAUUUCGAGCUCUGCUGACGUGGCAGUGUUUGUGGCGCCAGAGGGAACCCAACUGGCUGAUAUGAAAAGUGUUGCUGAUUUAUUGUACCCAAGGCCAGUGGUUAUUUUCAACCCCAAGUGGGUGUUUGAGGAUGAAGCUGAGUUUGGUGAGCUGAGUGGCUUUGUGGGUUCAUUUGAGGUCAUUUUUUCAUUUAUGGGUUUGGAAGUUCAGGGGCUUUUGAGCAAAAGAAAUGGAGUGAUUUUCAAGUGUGUGAGAGAUGGGGUUGUGAGCGGUGAGAAGUGGGCUGUUCUUGUUGAAGAGGAAGGGCAAUUGAAAGCGGUUUCAACGUUUAAAUCGCGGCCAUCAAUCAGUGAAGUUGAGAAUGUUUUGUAUAAUUUGAUGGCAAUUAAUUCGCCUGUUACGAAGUCCGUGAAGUUCUUCAGGGAUUUGGUGUCUAAUGUAACCGGAAAGAAGUUUGUUAGCUUUUCUUGCAGAAACACAUGCAUUCUUCUGGAGCCCUGAAACCAAUGCUGCUAC